GUACUCGGUACUUUCUGCUGCUGCCUGUGUUUGUCACCACGAGUCCGAGGUCGUUCACCUGGUUAUUUGUUGUUUUAGUGCAAAAUGCCGAAUCAGCACUUCAAGCCGUACCUGAAGCAGCAUUUACCCAAGAGGCUUCACUACGCCAACAACCGCAGGAUCGAGGCCGUCCACCUGCUGAUGGAGAGGAAGUGGCACAUCGCAAAGAAAAUGCCGGAGAGGCUGAGGUCUCGUUGUGGUUUCUUUGGCGACCACGGCUUCGACAACAAGAUCACCAGCAUGAGGACGAUCUUCAUGGGCCACGGGCCGAGCUUCAAGUUCCAGAAGAGCGUCCCAGAGUUUGACAACAUCGAGCUUUACAACGUCAUGUGUGACCUGCUGGGCCUGAAGCCGGCCCCGAACAACGGGACCCACGGCUCCCUGAACGACAUGUUGAAAGAGCCGCCGCACCGGCCCAGCAUGCCGCAGGAGGUGACGGAGCCGACGCCGCCGUCCGACGGGGAGGUCACCGUGACGCACGACCUGGGCUGCAGCUGCGACGAUGAGGUCGGGAACAAAGUGGAGGAGGUGAUGGAGGCGUUCAGUCCCGGGUCAGAGGAGGUCUACAGCUACAACGACACACACUUGCCGUUCGGUCGUCCGGCCGUGAUGUUCGACACUCUCUACAGUUUACUUCAUCAUGUGGAGUUCAUCAGUGGAUACAGCAAAGAGCUGGCCAUGCCUCUGUGGACGUCA